GUCAGCCUGUGUGAAAAGACAAGAGAGCAUGCCAUGCUGUGUGAUUCAAGCCGAAUUAAGUGGCUGCGUCUGGGCAGGGCUUAAACCACUAGCUGCUUCCACUGAUAAUCCAGUCAGUAGGCAACUGCGGGGGUUCGCUGCUGAGGGAAGGUUGACUGAAGGAGGCUGUUCAAUGUUCUUUUUACCUUCACUAUGGCAAAAAUCAUUUUGAGGCACCUCAUAGAGAUUCCAGUACGUUACCAGGAGGAGUUUGAAGCUCGAGGUCUGGAAGACUGCAGGCUGGAUCAUGCUUUAUAUGCACUGCCUGGGCCAACCAUCGUGGACCUGAGGAAAACCAGGGCAGCACAGUCCUCUCCGGUGGACUCAGCGGCAGAGACACUACCCCGAGAAGGCAAAUCCCGCUUUCAGAUCCUGCUGGACGUGGUCCAGUUCCUCCCUGAAGACAUCAUCAUUCAGACCUUUGAAGGCUGGCUGCUCAUAAAAGCGCAACACGGAACCAGAAUGGACGAGCACGGUUUUAUCUCAAGAAGCUUCACCCGGCAGUACAAGCUGCCAGAUGGUGUGGAAACGAAGGAUUUGUCUGCAGUCCUCUGUCACGAUGGAAUUUUGGUGGUGGAAGUGAAGGAUCCAGUUGGGACUGAGUGACCGUAUCGGUUCCUGUUCAGACGACCCGGGGAAGAUGAUUGUUUAGCCGCUGGCACCACAAGAAUGUUUGAUAUUGCCCACAUUUGAAAUGAUUGACUAUGAUUUUUAUGAAGAUGAAAAAUACAUACACAGUUCCUGGUA